ACACGCGCCGCGUACUCUCUCUCCUAUUCAUUUCCUUCGAUAUAGCCACAGCUGCCAUCUUGACCACUCCUUCGUCGUCUGUUUUUCUGUCUAUAUCUGUCUCUCACCACAGCAAAAAACCAAAAAAAAUCCAGUAUUGUAUUGAAUUGUGCUCGUUAAUUCCCUGGCAGACUUAGAGAAACAGAUUUCGACAAUAACUAAUAUUAUAUAUUUAUGAUGGCAGAGCUGGCGGCGCCUGAAGCUUACGCGCCACGGACAAUACAGGUUUGGAGAACACUGUUGAACUGGUUGACCUUUUUCUUCCAGAUCUUCACUCAGAUCCUCCGGGGAACGCCUUCGUUCACUCAGGUCCUCUCUUAUGUCGGCCUGCGUCACGGCUCCUUCCUUUCUUCUGCUGCUCACGCUCCGUCGCAUUUUAAGCCUUUGCCGGUAGUUGAGCUGUCGGAGUUUGGAGAAGAGCCGGAAGAGGCCCUUCCGCCGCCUACUCAUCCACCCCUUGCGGCUGCUGUUCCAAUCGCGGGUGGAGGGAAGCUGCUGGAUGCUUCGUCUUUGGAGAAGCUAAAGGUGGUUCUUGACUUGGAUGAAACUCUGGUCUGUGCAUAUGAGACGUCAAGUCUGCCUGCAAUGGUACAUGCUCAGGCCACUGAAGCUGGUUUAAAAUGGUUUGAACUAGAAUGUGUUUCGUCUGAUAAGGAAUUUGAAGGAAAACCUAAGAUCAACUAUGUGACAGUGUUUGAACGUCCUGGAUUGAAUGAAUUUCUAAAACAACUAAGUGAAUUUGCGGAUCUUGUGUUAUUUACUGCUGGACUUGAAGGCUAUGCUAGACCACUUGUUGACAGAAUAGAUGCUGAAAAUCGAUUCAGUAGUAGACUGUAUCGGCCUUCGACGAUUAGCACAAAAUAUCGUGAACAUGUGAAGGAUCUAUCGUGCUUAUCAAAGGAUUUAUGUCGAAUUGUCAUUGUUGAUAACAACCCAUUUAGUUUCUUGUUGCAACCCUUGAAUGGAAUUCCAUGCAUUCCAUUUUCUGCUGGACAACCACAUGAUGAUCAGCUUUUGGAAGUUAUUCUUCCACUUCUCAAGCACCUCUCUCUGCAGAAAGACGUAAGGCCAGUUCUGUACGAAAGAUUUUACAUGCCCGAAUGGUUUCAAAAGCAUGGCAUCCCUGCUUCAGAAAAGACAAACUUACGCUGAAAUCGAACGGAGUGUAGGAUAUUAUUCUUUUCACAAGGCAGUGUGUCCUAGCCAGAUCUCCCAAAAUUUUGUAUAGGAUCAUUCUGUGGCUGUUCUCAGGAGCAGCUACUAAUGAAACUCAGAAAUGUUCAAAUUCUUGUCAGAUGAGUUUCUCUAUUGCACUAUCAGACAUUUGCACACGAUUGUGAAAAGUAAGAUUCUUGUGUAAUAUUGUUUAUAGGUUUGAAUUUUAUGUAUUUCCUAAUUGUAUCAGUCAAUGCCAAUAAAUUAUUUGCAGGUGAACAGAAUUCUUAGUUAUGUCACUUGAAAGAGAUUGAUGUAUAUUAGAAUGCAGUUUUUCAAUUUGUUACCUUUUAUUUCCA